UCCUCUGCUGUAAUUUACCGUAGAGCGGCCGCGGGUUCUCCGGGAUCGGCCGAAGUAAACGUAUUUUGCCGGUGCGGUUCUUCUCGCAACGGAUUCUCGCAAGCCACGCUGAAUGUCAUUAAUGCGUUUAGUUGCCUUCUGAUCCAAAUAAAAAAGGCCACGUACUGCCUUUACCCAAUUGAUUCAUCGCCUAAUGAUCUGGAAGGCCAAGAAAAGUUAGUUGCUUCCCGAGUCAAACACUGACCCCAACUUCUCUGCUCUGCUGCCGCUAUUUUACCCGCUUUUUCUAGUCUGCUUUUAUCCGUGGUUUUCACUUGAGGUCGACUGGAGAUAUUUACUGAGAAUCCAGGAUGAGUUUUCAAGAUAUUCAGGGCGGACCCAAGCGACCCGCUUCCCGAACUCAAUCACCAUCCCAGGCGGUGGCUGCUGGGAUUUUCCAGAUCAAUACAGGCGUUGCCACUUUUCGACGACUUGUUGAUGCCAUUGGAACCGUCAAAGACACCGUCGGUCACCGCCAGAAGCUGCACGAUACGAGGCAGCGGAUACUGCAGCUGGUGAAGGAUACUUCUGCAAAGCUCAAAGCCUUGAGCGAAUCCGAUAUUGCUGCCGAUGCCGAUUCUGGUAAGAAAAUUGAAGAUGCUAAGCUGGCGAGAGAUUUCCAAACCACGUUACAAGAAUUCCAGAGAGUGCAACAGCUUGCUUCCGAGCGUGAAUCUAACUACCUUCCUGCUGCUCCUGCUUCUUCUCUACCAGCAAGCUCUGGUUCUGUCGGAGAAUCAACUGACAUAGGUCAGGAAAGCCAACCUUUUAUCAGGGAACAAAAGAGGCAGGAGAUACGCUUAUUGGAUAAUGAAAUCGCAUUCAAUGAGGCCAUGAUUGAAGAAAGAGAACAGGGCAUCAAGGAGGUAGAGGUGCAAAUUGGACAAGUAAAUGAAAUAUUCAAGGACUUAGCCGUUCUGGUUCAUGAGCAGGGGGUAGUUAUUGAUGAUAUUCAAUCAAAUAUUGGUGCUACUGCGGGUGCAACAACCCAAGCUACUACACAGUUAGCCAAGGCUUCCAAAAGUAUGAAAUCUAAAUCUUCAUGGUGUUGGUGGGUGGCUAUAAUUUUUGUAAUUGUGGUGAUCGUUGUGAUUAUUUUGCUCAUUAUUUAGUAUGCAAGUGCGUUCAUGCUGGUAUGGGAUGAUUUGGCUGGACAGACUUUUCGCUUGUUCGGUAUCACCUUUCUAGUUUUGGUGUGAAUUUGUUAACCUCUUCUCUUAUUCCGUGAGUCUUUAACUGGGUCGAGACGUAAGGAGUUUAUGAAGGCCCUUCACGGCCAGCAGUUUUGAUAUCUAAACCGACCGCUGCUGGAAGUUGGAAAAAGCUAAGGAGUAGCGAUUCUAGAGAAAACUGGCCGGAUAUCUAAUGUAAAGGUGCUAGAGUUUGUAGAUACUGCUGAAACUUGAGAGGUUGGCUAAUGCCAAAUGUUUGUGUAUUUCUUUUUACGUUGCUGUUAUGGUGUUUGGGGCCAUUUGUGUGCACGCCAAUUAAUCCAUUCUUAUGGUUGUCUUUGUAUCAAAUCAAUGACAAGGAGGGAAAUGAGGCAGUUCUCCCAUUGCCUUAGGAGUGUUGUUUGGGUAUCAUUCUAGUACUUGAGGGAAGAAGAUACGGUUCAGUUCAGUUUUUUUUUUUUUUAAAUAUGUAUUACAAGAGUUUGAGCCCUAAA